GCUGUUUCAAUCCACAAAAACUAAGCUCACUAUUUUUUUUUCUUCUAUUCUUUUAUCCUUUAAGCAUGGAAACGACCACAGAGAACAACACAAAGCCUUUGUUUUGUGUAGAAUGUAACGACCAAGAAGCAUCUAUCUUUUGUGAACAGUGUGAUGAAGACUUUUGUGAAGUCUGUCACGCUAUGCUUCACAGAACAGGUAGUCGUAGACUUCAUACAGCAAAAAAAUUGUCAGUUCAUCAUCGUGUUGAUCAGUCCGAUUCAAGUCACGAUGUUGUCAAUGUCAACACAAACACCAAGCAAGAACAAAAGGAAGAGGAUGUCAAUAUGAAACAAGCAUUGCUGGAAAUGGACGGAACAGUUAUUAACAGCAGUGGACCUACCUUUGGAGACUAUAUGACCAAUCGAUCCAAGAAUAUUCCUUUACGUCUGGAUUCAGAAGAAAGACAAUUACUCAAACUUUUGGAUGCUGCACUGAACGUAUCAGAAUACACGGACAAGGUGGACAUCAUCUCUUAUUCAAAUAAAUCAAAAAGAAUUGUUGUCCAAAUCCGAGAUUUAUGCGCCAUUAUCUCGGGCUUAUUUGUUGCAGGAAAUUAUAAACAAGGAGUGGAUUACUUUGCAAAAAACAAUCUACGCGAAAAUGAAGUACUGUUUCAACGUAUCUUUGAAGUCGGCAGAAGACACAAAAUUAUGAACCCGGAAAAGAUGCGAUCGACUUAUGGCAAACUGAUGUACAUGUUGAUGGAUUCGGUUAUCCCUGAAGUAGCUGAAUAUCUUGGCUUUUCUUGUGUUGUACCCAUCAAGACGGUGUAUGACUUUUUAAAGAGCCGAGAUUGCAUUGAUCUACUGCAUGAUGAUAAUAUUGCCUUGGCCACCCGUGAGAUCGCACCAGAGUUUAAGACGAGAGAACAAGUGGAUGGAGAGGUACAACGUAAGCAACAUGCAAUUCGAACUUUAUGUGAAAAGUACGCCAACGAGAAGAUAUCAAAGGAAGAUAUCGAGAGAUGCAUACUGUCCAUCUCGGAUAAUAAUGCAUUCUUAAAGGCCAACAGAGACCCAUGUGACAGGAUGUUAAAGUACCUUUCCAAAUACUUUAAUCCUACCAAACAUGAUGAUGGAUACUCCUUGGCUAUCUCUGCCGGACGACAUGGACAUCGUCUAACGCAUUCACAUUCGACGCAAUAUGCCUAUGUUCACCAAUCGCUCAGUCUGUGGCGUGAGAUUAUGCAUGAGAUGUUUAUGCUGUGGAAGAUGGCAGAUGAAGAUCUCUUAUCGCACACAUCUUACCGACUUACCAACACAGGUCAAGGUCUGAAUCGUAUACAACCCUGUCCUCAUGUUUCAAAGGCAAUGCACAAGAUCUUGAACCGUGCUCAAAAGAAGUGUGGAUCCUGGGUGGGUAGUAGCGUGGUUCAUUUAGGUGAUAAGAAUGUGCCCAACGCGUUUAUGUUUAUAGACAAGUAUAAUCAAGUGGCUCGUAUCUUGACACCCAUCGUGAGCACAUUAGAUAAGUUAGGGUCACUAGAUGACCCUGAAGUGGCAGAUUAUGUUCAAAAGGAAUAUGGAGGCGUAGAGCAGUGUCGAAAGGAUAUACUCUAUGAUUUCUUUAGACAUGGCUUUGAUGGUUCAGGAGCAGACAAUUACUUUGAUGCUGGUAGCUGUAUAGACGGAAGACUGACAUCAGCCUGGAAUUGGUGUUCUAAUAUUGAAAAGAAAAAGUUUUUCCCUAUCUUCCUGAUGACUGGUUUUGUCGGCUUUGAUGGAUCGGAAUGGUGAUAGUAUAUAUAGAUCAAGAAAAUAGAAGGAUAAUAAACUACAUGUUUUACAUUUACAUGCGCGUAUAUCGUGAUAAAGGGAGGGAG